CUACGCUUGGAGUUGGAACUUUUAUUGUGUCUCUGCGUUGCCAGUUGUACUACACAAAAUAAUCUGUUGCCUUGCAGCCAUGUCGGCGAGACCUAAUUCUAAAACAGGUCGCGGUUCUAAGCGAAAGGCAGAGAAUCAUGAUCUAAAAGAAGAUGCACCCUCUUUGGACAACAAAAAAGAAAAACCUGAAGAUGCGGAGAUUAAAGACGAAGGGCAAAAAAUUGUCAUUGAACACAGUAAAAGCUGCCGAGUGUACCGUCAGCAUGCUGAAGCAGUGAAGUCAGCAAUUCAGGCUGCACAUCCAGAUAUGUGUGUGGAACUGAACCCCCAGAAACCUCGUCGCUACAGUUUUGACAUCAGCCUGCUGGAUGCUGGCAAGGAAACCUGUCUGUGGAAUGGCAUUAAGAUGGGUCCUCCUGCUAGACUGAAAUUCCCUGACCAUGAAGAACUCCUAUCUAUCUUGAAGGAGGCACUAGACAGAGGCACUAAAUAGAGACCAAUGAGGUGUGUCUAGGCUUUCACUGUUAACUUUUAAAAGGGAACUGUGCUUGAUUACAACAUUGUUAUUAUUCUAUAGCCAGACAUCAUUCAGGUUAUAUGAAUGUUUGAUGUUUAAGGGUAACAUAGUCAUAGUCCGAGUGAGUCACUCUUGGUGGUAUUGGGAGCUUUCAGUUCAUGCAUACUGAAUUUACUUGAGAUUCUCAGACAUACAGAGGAUCAGUUUGGGUCAGAAAUUCCAACGUUGGUGUCUGUUCAGUAUACCAUGUUAAACCAAAAACCAAAAGAAGGUUUUUCUAUGAACCAAAUUUCUAUCCUUUGCAGUUGCUAAUCAGUAGGGCUGUAACAAUACACCAAACUCACGAUUAGGUUUGAUUUUUUUAAAAUAAUAAUAAUAAAAAAAAACAUUUUACCCACGGUUCGAUAUACACCUAAAUUUUUUUGGGUGGGGGGGAUUAGAAUAUUUGAAAACCUGUAUAAACUGGACUGAUUUGGACGCUGAAUAUACAUACACAUAUAUGUAGCCUAUCUAACUAUCUAUCUAUCUAUCUAUCUAUCUAUUUGUCUGUCUGUCUGUCUGUCUGUAAACUACUGAUAUAAAAUACUGAAUUUCUGAUAUUCAUGACCGAUUUCUGGGUUUCAUAGGCACUGUUUCUAUUACAGCUCUGCCUCUUUCUGUCCCUUGCUGCUGCAGCUGUAAGCAGCUCUGGCUGAAGCCUGGAAAUAUUGUAAACAAAGUAACCUAGUUGGCUAGCUGAUCAUAAUAUAUUGGUUUGACAAGAGAGAGAAUAAAUAAAUAUUGUUACAGCCCAACUAAUCAGAUAAUUAGCGCCUGCAUGGGCAUGGGAUCAGAGAGGGUUAAAGCGGAUGAAGGAUCUUUGAUGGGCUACCUUCCAAGUCUGUCCCUUGAUAACCUGAUGCAGUGUUUGGAACUGAUGACUAUUGGUCGUCAGGCUGAAUUUUUUCUUGCUGGUUUGUACUGCUGCUGUCUGUGCUUGCUUACUCAUUUCUGGCUUAGUUUUGUUCUGUAAGAGAAGAGACUCCACUGUUUUUCUUGAUAAUGAGUGGGUUGAACACUCCUUAUUAUUAAGUUCUUUAAACUUUUGUAUUACGUUUGUAAGUACUGAAUUCCUCCUGUGUAUAACAUAUGAGUGAAAGUGUUUGAACUUUAAUAAAUAAAAUGUUCACUUUAAA